AUGUCAACGACGCGCCGAAAUCCGCCGCUCCAAGUCUUUGAGGACGACGCCGGCACCGCGUAUAAUGCCGCCGCCGCCGACCAGGACGUCGAAUCUGCCCUGCUAAACGCUCUCGGACCUCUGAGCGACGCGUCCAGCAAGCACAAUCAGCAAUUCAAACCAUCCACACGCUCGCGCCCGGGCUCGUCGCCCUCGAAGAAGGACAGCUCACCCGCACGGCCGAUGAGCCGGCACACCAUCAUCGACUUCAAAAUUCCGCCGCCAAAGGAAAAGAUGUUUCACUCCAAUCCACCGACGAAGAACGGCAACUUCUACAACAUGAAUCAGCAGGUCGCACCCAAGCCGCUGUAUUGGGGUUAUGGAGCGCCCGUUGGCAAGGAGAACAUGGAUAAUAUGAUGCAUGCAAGUGGAGGCGCAGGUGUGCCAUAUGGUCAACACCCGGCAUACAUGUCCUCCGAUCCGCACUCUCAACAUCACAUGUCCUCCGACAUCUAUUCCCACCACCACAUGUCCUCCGAGGCCGACUACAGCUACAAGGGUCCAAUGAAACGCGGCAUGGUGGAAUCGGCACCUCUCAAGCCUGUUGUCAAGAAGCAGCGGAUGUCCGAGGAUGGGUCAUUCGACCUGCCAAAUCCUGAAGACAUGCCAUCACUCUCAGACGACGGCACGAAACCACCACACAGCUAUGCAGAGCUUAUCGGCAUGGCAAUUCUCCGCGCACCUAACCGCCGCCUGACUCUUGCACAAAUCUACAAGUGGAUCUCAGAUACGUUUCAAUUCUACAAGGGCUCAGAAGGUGGAUGGCAGAACAGCAUUCGUCACAAUCUCAGUCUGAACAAGAACUUCAUCAAGCAGGAGCGACCGAAAGACGAUCCAGGCAAAGGCAACUACUGGGCUAUCAAGCCUGGUGAGGAACGCGCUUUCCUGGCCGGAAAGAAGCAGCCUGUCAGAAAGAUGAUGAACCCAGACGGCUCGCAGUAUGGGCAUGGACUAUCUCUUCCUUCUGACCCUGCCUCUUUCCGGCCGUCGAGUGCACCAGCUGUCUCAAACUUCACGAUGGGACCAACCUCGUCAGUCAAGCGAUCUGACACCCGAGACAUUGACUCGGCCAAGUUUCCAGAUGAGGCGGAUCUUUCGUCUGACGGCACGAUUGAGGCGUCGGAUCCGGCACUUCAGGACGAGGAGACACACAUUGACGACUCAAUUGCCAUGCCGCCGCCACCCGUCCACAUGCGUUCAUCUCCGCCACCAGCCGACCUUGGCUCUUCUCCUCCAAUGAUCAAUCAACACCGCAGAGACACACCACCUGCAGCACAACGACCGCCUUCGUCGAGUCGUUCUGCUGGUCGUCGAGCAAAGUUUGCUGGUGUUCAAGAUAGCGGAUACUGGUCCUCGAUCGAGUCGUCUGCCGCUCGUGGCGCCACGCAACAACUCGCUGCAGACUCCAAUGAGAUCCGAGCCCAUCGCAUCAAGAAGGGGCGCGCCGAAGCAGAGAUUGCCCGCAUGCGUAGCUCAUCCUUCGACAGUCCGAGCAAGCACCAGCCUCAAUUCCGCGGCACGCAAAACGACUUCUCCUCACCCGUUCACAAGGAGAAUCCACUCACGCCCGCCGUUGUCUUCAAGCGUCCAGCUCGGCCACCACCAUCCGUCUCGCCAAACACCAACCUGCGAGAUCACCGUAACAGGGUCCGGGCUCUGAUGGGCUCCCCAGCCAAGACGUUCAGUCCCAUGCCCGACGCGAACUCAUGGAGCCCGGCAUUCACUCUCGGAGCAGAGCAUCCCGUCGGUCUGACGCCUUUCAUUUCGCCACUCAAGCAGGGUCAAACUCCGUGGAGGCCUCUUGCCGACACACCUGGCGCCUACAACAUGACGUUCAGCAACACCGGCUUUGAUAUCUUCAUCGAUGCUCCGGAAGAGCUGGUCACUCGCGGUUCGCCCGAGAAGCGCAGUGUUCGCCGACCUUCUCUCGCCCGCGCUGCCACCAGCACGGGUAUCCUGGCAGACAUCACUGGCAGCUCCAAGAGCAACAACCCAAUGCUGACCGCAACGAACGGCAGCCCAUUCUCAUUCUCACCAUUCCUCUCCAAGCCAAUGCGAGCAAUGCCUACUCUCGACUCGCCUCUCAAACAAGUCCACCAACCCGGCGACGAUUCCACAUCCGACCUCAGCUGGCUGGACGCCAACCUUGGCGGCGCCGAAAACUUCAACACUAUCAACAGCAUGUCACAACACGAAGCCACGAAGAACGAUGUCUCUCACCUCUUUGGUGUCGAUCUUCACAGCGACGGCAGCGAAGAAGGAAUUGAUCUGUUCCAGAAUUUUGGCAAAAUUGGUUCGACGAUGAUGCCCGCUCCAAAUCGCGCGAAUGGUAGUCCCGUGAGACGCAACAUGGGACCGCCCGCAAGACCGAGCAUGGGCCGCAGUGCUAGCAGCAGGUGGUAGUACGUGCUAUCUAUGCCUCGAGCGAGGAACGAAGAUGAACAACGUGAAGAUGAUUGACGACUGCAUGACAUAACAAAGCAGUGACUACAAAGAGUCAUCAGAUUGAACCGCACAGAACGUCGAGGAACGACGGACGGGAAGAUGAAAUUGUGCAAUCAGGACAGGUCAGGAGAGGAUGGUCAGGAUGGAGUUUUUGGUCGCUUGACACUUUUCAAUGUUGCUACUGUUCUGGGCUAAGGAUGGAUCAAGGGGAACGGACGACCCUCACGCGACGAUGAAUUUGAAACGGCCUUGCGAUUGCUUUACUUUCUUCUAC